GCGCAGCCGCAGUGCGGCGCCCCGUGCGGUUGGUGGCCGGGAAACCCCUCGGAGAAACGCUGAGGCGGGGGCGCUGGAUCCGCCAUAGCCAGAGGCCGGGCCUGGGAACGUCGCGAGAGGACGGGGAGCGGAGGCCGAGCGGAGCUGAACUGCGGGGACGCUCCGCGGCGCCCGACCGCGCUGCGAGGAAGAACCGGGCGGACGGGCGUACCGCCGAGGCCUAGCUCGGUCGUCGAGAGCCGGAGUCGUCGUGGACGCGGGGAGCGGGGCCUCCCGGCGCCGCCGCCGCCAUGGAGCCCUGAGGCCUCCCCGAGCGGAGCGUGCCUAGGCCGCGCGGCCUGGCCAUGAGGCUGCGCCGCGGCCUCUGAGCGCCGCCCGCCCCAGCUCAGCGCCGCCGCCCGCCCGGCGCUCGGUGCGGCCUAGCCCGGCGCGCAGGCCUCGCCGCCGCCCGGCCCCACCAUGUCGUGCGUCCAUUACAAGUUCUCCUCCAAGCUGAACUAUGACACCGUCACCUUCGACGGCCUUCACAUCUCCCUAUGCGACCUCAAGCGCCAGAUCAUGGCCCGCGAGAAGCUGAAGGCGGCCGACUGCGACCUGCAGAUCACCAACGCCCAGACCAAAGAAGAAUACACAGAUGAUAACGCUCUGAUUCCCAAGAAUUCAUCUGUAAUUGUUAGAAGAAUCCCUAUUGGUGGAGUUAAAGCUACAAGCAAAACAUAUGUUAUGACUCCUAAAUCGCACAAAAUCGUAGAAACUCCUUUCAGAAGUCGAACUGAACCAGUGAGUGGAACAUCAAAAGCAAUUGAUGACUCUUCUGCAUCUAUUUCUCUGGCCCAGCUUACGAAGACUGCCAAUCUGGCUGAAGCCAAUGCUUCCGAAGAAGAUAAAAUAAAAGCUAUGAUGUCACAGUCUGGCCAUGAAUAUGAUCCAAUCAAUUACAUGAAGAAGCCCUUGGGUCCACCUCCACCAUCUUACACUUGCUUUCGUUGUGGAAAACCUGGUCACUAUAUAAAGAACUGCCCAACAAAUGGGGACAAAAAUUUUGAGUCAGUACCCAGGAUUAAAAAGAGCACGGGAAUUCCCAGGAGUUUCAUGAUGGAGGUGAAAGAUCCCAAUACAAAGGGUGCUAUGCUGACAAACACUGGAAAAUAUGCUAUACCGACUAUUGAUGCGGAAGCCUAUGCUAUAGGAAAGAAGGAAAAGCCUCCUUUCUUGCCUGAAGAGCCAUCCUCCUCCUCAGAAGAGGAUGAUCCUAUUCCAGAUGAGUUGUUAUGUCUGAUUUGUAAAGAUAUAAUGACAGAUGCAGUUGUUAUUCCCUGCUGUGGAAACAGUUACUGUGAUGAAUGUAUCAGAACAGCAUUAUUGGAAUCUGAGGAACAUACAUGCCCAACAUGCCAUCAAACAGAUGUGUCUCCAGACGCUUUAAUUGCCAACAAGUUCUUACGCCAGGCUGUGAACAACUUCAAAAAUGAAACUGGCUACACAAAAAGGCUCCGUAAGAUUCAGCAGCAACAGCAGCAGCCACCACCACCACCUCCACCUCCACCACCACUAAUGAGACAGACGAUAACACGCAACCUUCAGCCUCUAAUGAGGCCAGCAAUUUCCAGACAGCAGGAUCCACUAAUGAUUCCAUUAGCUUCUCUGUCUUCUCACUCUGCUGCUGCCUUGGCCCCUGGUCAGUCUGUUGCAGCUGCAUUACCAGUAAACCCAUCUUCUGUCCUUGUCUCCGAUCUCCCUCCAGCAGUGUCUCUGUCUCUCCGCGGUGAAAAGCCAGAUGGACCUUUUCGUGAUCCAGAUAUUAUACCUCCUGCCGCUCUGGUGACUGCUGCUGAGCUUUCUAAAUCUUCCCCUUUGGCAAUCAGCAGUUUGUUGGAAGAGAAGUUUGCGUUUAUUCACAAGGGCUAUCAGGUUCCUGUACUAAGGCAACCAGCAAUACCUAGUCUUCUGGGCCCACAAGGACAAUCAAUUCCCACAACUGGUCAUCCAAUGAGAAUUGGUGCAAUUCGCUCAGCUGGUGGCAGGCCAGGUUGGGAACUAAGUUCAAAUCGAGGACGCCCGCAUAGUGAACGUUCCCAAAGGACUCAGGCCCCAACACUACCAGCAUCAGCACCAGUCUUUGUGCCUGUGCCUCCACCUCCCUUGUAUCCUCCACCUCCCCAUGCACUUCCUCUUCCACCGGGGGUACCGCCACCACAGUUUCCUCCUCAGUUUCCACCUGGUCAGCCUCCAUCAGCUGGGUACCCUGUUCCCCCUCCAGGAUAUCCCCCAGCUCCUGCAAACAUGUCAUCAGCUUGGGUACCAACAGCAGUACCAACGGCUCAUUCAAAUACCAUCCCAACGACACAAGCACCUCCUUUAUCUAGGGAGGAGUUUUACAGAGAGCAACGGAGACUUAAAGAGGAGGAAAAGAAAAAGUCCAAACUUGAUGAGUUUACAAAUGAUUUUGCUAAGGAAUUGAUGGAAUAUAAAAAGAUUCAAAAGGAGCGUAGGCGUUCGUUUUCCAGGUCCAAGUCUCCCUACAGUGCUUCGUCUUACUCAAGAAGCUCGUAUACCUACUCCAAGUCAAGAUCGGGUUCUUCGCGCUCCCGUUCCUACUCUCGGUCAUUUAGUCGUUCCCAUUCUCGUUCCUACUCACGUUCACCUCCGUAUCCAAGAAGAGGCAAAGGGAAGAGUCGUAACUAUCGUUCUAGGUCAAGGUCACACGGUUAUCACCGUUCAAGGUCAAGGUCACCCCCAUACAGAAGAUACCAUUCACGGUCCAGGUCUCCAGUAUUUAGAGGCCAGUCUCCCACUAAACGGACUGUACCUCAAGGGGAAGGAGAAAGGGAGUAUUUUAACAGAUACAGAGAAGUUCCACCGUAUGAUAUGAAAGCUUACUAUGGCAGAUCUAUUGACUUCAGAGAUCCAUUUGAAAAGGAAAGAUACAGAGAAUGGGAAAGGAACUACAGAGAAUGGUAUGAAAAGUUUUACAAGGACUAUGCUGUUGGAGCCCAACCUCGACCUCCAGUAAACCGAGAGAACUUUUCUCCAGAUAGAUUUGGCCCACCUGGAACCAGAAGAGAGAAUUCACCAUAUGCUCGGGGACGUAGGGAGGAUUAUGCUGGUGGGCAGAGCCAUAGAAAUCGUAAUAUAGCUGGAAAUUUCCCUGAAAAGCUUUCAGGAAGAGAGGGCCAUGGUAUAAAAGAUCCUACAAAAUCAAAAGAGAAGGAGGUGGAAAAUCCCCUGGGAGAUGGCAAAGGAAAUAAACAUAAAAAACACAGGAAGAGGAGGAAAGGGGAUGAGAAUGAAGGAUUUCCCAAUGCUGAGUUGUUAGAAAGUACGAAAAAAACAAGGGAACCAGGUACAGCAGAGGACAUUAAAUCGGACUCUCUGUUCAUGCUCCCAAGUAGAGAUGAUGCCACCCCUGUGAGAGAUGAACCUAUGGAAGCAGAUUCUAUAGCUUUCAAACCAGUGUCUGAAAAAGAGAAAAAAGACAAGGAUAAGCCAAAAGCAAAAACUGAUAAGACAAAACGGAAGGCAGAAGUGGCUGCUCCUCCGAAGAAAGACAGUGUAACAAAACCAACUAAAGCUUCCCAGGAGAAGGUGGACGCUGACCGUGAAAAAUCUCCUCGAAUGGAACCUCUUGUGAAAAAAGCAAAGGAGGAGUUGCCGAAGACAGACAGUGUUAAAGCAUCUUCCUCUCAAAAGGAUGAGAAGACUCUCGGUACACCACGGAAAGUUCAUCCAAAAGUGGCAAAAGAUCACCCAGAAGCCAGACCAGCCAAGGAAGAAAAGGCAAAGAAGGACCAUCCAAAAGAAUUAAAGUCAGAAAAGCCCUCCAGCAAAGAGGACAAGUCAAAAAAAGCAGUUGAAAAAAGCAAAUCUUCUGAUGCAAAAGCUGAAAAAAGAAAAAGAAAAGCAGAUGAAAAGGCUGAUAAAGAACAUGAAGCAGCUUCCGUAAAGGCCUCUAAACCAGAAACUGCUGAAUCAAAAACGUCGCCAAAAGGGAAAACUGAACCUGAUGGUGAGAAAGGAGAGAGAACUCCAGAAAAGGAUAAAUCUGGUUUUCUUAUCACUCCUGCAAAAAAGAUUAAACUUAACCGAGAAACUGGCAAAAAGAUUGUGAGUGGGGAAAACGUGCCACCCGUGAAAGAACCUGCUGAGAAAGUUGAGCCGAGCAGCAGCAAAGUUAAGCAAGAAAAAGUGAAAGGAAAAGUGAGAAGAAAAGUAACAGCAGCUGAUGGAUCUAGUUCAACUCUUGUAGAUUAUACCAGCACCAGUUCUACUGGAGGAAGCCCUGUUAGAAAGCCUGAAGAGAAGACAGAUACAAAGCGGACUGUCAUUAAGACAAUGGAGGAAUAUAAUAAUGAUAUAACUGCCCCUGCUGAAGACGUCAUUAUUAUGAUCCAGGUCCCUCAGUCAAAGUGGGAUAAAGAUGACUUUGAGUCUGAAGAGGAAGACAUUAAAUCUACCCAGCCAUCUUCAAACAUAGGAAAACCUGCUAGUGUUGUAAAAAAUGUGAGUGCUAAGGCACCAAAUCCCAUAAAACACAAUGAAAAAGAAAUGGAGCCUUUGGAGAAAAUACAGAAAACUGCAAAAGAGGUGAGUUAUGAAAGCUCUCAGCAUGAUGUAAAAGGUUCAAAAAGUUCAGUGUUGAAUGAAAAAGGGAAAACCAAAGAGCGGGAUCAUUCUCUGUCAGACAAGGACACUUCUGAAAAGAGGAAGAGCGGUGUUCAGCCAGAAAAAGACCACUCAGAACGUGCAACUGAACAAGGAAAUGGAAAAAAUAUUUCUCAAUCUUCCAAAGACAGCAGAUCUUCAGAGAAACAUGAUACUGGCCGUGGAUCCACUGCUAAGGAUUUUACUCCUAAUCGAGACAAAAAAUCUGACCAUGAUAGCAGCAGAGAGCAUUCUAGUUCCAAGCGUAGAGAUGAAAAAAGUGAAUUAGCAAGGAGAAAAGACUCUCCUUCACGAAACAGAGAAUCUACAUCAGGACAGAAAAGUAAACCAAGAGAUGAACGAGCAGAGCCUUCCAAAAAGGGUGCCGGAGACUCCAAAAGAAGCAGCUACAGCCCUUCACGUGACCGAAAGCAAUCAGAUCACAAAACUGCUCAUGAUUCCAAGCGCUCAUUAGAGGAACACAAACCUCUAGAUAAAAAUUCAGGUAAGGAGAAGGAAAAAGAAAAGGAAAGGGAAAAGGAGAAGGAAAAAGAAAAAGAGAAGGAAAAGGAGAAGGAGAAGGACAAAGAAAAGGAAAAGGAGAGGGAAAAGGAAAAGGAAAGGGAGAGGGAGAAGGAGAAGGACAAAGAAAAGGAGAGGGAAAAAGACAAGGAGAAGGAAAAGGAGAGGGACAAAGAAAAGGAGAGGGAAAAAGAAAAGGAGAAGGAAAAGGAGAGAGAAAAAGACAAGGAGAGGGAAAAGGAAAGGGAGAGGGAAAAAGAAAAGGAGAGAGAGAAAGAGAAGGAGAGGGAAAAGGAGAGGGAAAAGGAAAAAGAGAAAGAAAAGGAAAAGGAGAGGGAAAAGGAGAGGGAGAAGGAAAAAGAGAAAGAAAAGGAAAAGGAGAGGGAAAAGGAGAGGGAGAAGGAAAAAGAGAAAGAAAAGGAGAAGGAAAAAGAAAAGGAAAGGGAAAAGGAGAGGGAGAAGGAAAAAGAAAAGGAAAAGGAGAGGGAAAAGGAAAAAGAAAAAGAGAGGGAAAAGGAGAAAGAGGACAAAGAUAAGUAUAUAUCUGAGAUAAAGAGCAAUAAAGAGAAAGAGCCAAGUUGCAAUAAGCCAUCUUCAAUACAAGAAUCACCAGAUGCAAAAAAUGAGAAAGAAAAUGUGACUGGACAAAACGAUAAAACUGGUGUCAAGACUAAGCCUCAGGUAAGCAACCCCUCACGGCUCUCCUCUGAUCCAACUCGAGAAACUGAUGAGGCUGCAUUUGUACCAGACUACAAUGAAAGUGACAGUGAAAGUAAUGUAUCUGCAAAAGACGAGGAAACUGUAGGAAAAAAUUGUAAAGAACAGAAAGAAAAAGCCAUUGACAAGGUUAAACAGGAUACAGCAGCGCCUGCCACGGUUAGCCAGCCUGAAGCAAGCAGAAGUCAAAGCCAGAGCAGCCCCAGUGUUAGCCGCAGUCGGAGUCAAAGCCCUGCUGAGAGUCAGACUCGAAGCCACAGUAGCAGUGCCAGCUCGGGAGAGAGUCAAGACAGCAAGAAGAAGAAGAAGAAGAAAGAGAAGAAGAAGCACAAGAAACACAAAAAACACAAGAAGCAUAAGAAACACGCUGAAAAUGAACCGGAAUUGGAGAAAAGCCAAAAACACAAACACAAGAAGAAAAAAUCAAAGAAGAGCAAAGAUAAAGAGAAAGAUGACCAAAAAGUUAAAUCUGUCACCAUAUAGAAUGACAGAUAGGAAAAAAAUUGACUUAAUUCCUAAGUCAUCUGUAUUAAAUUUUGUUAAAAUGUAAACGAAUUCAAGCGUUGUAAAUAAUGACAUGAAAGACCCUGUGCUGCACUUAAAAUAUUGCUGCUUGAUUAUUUGAUUUUUACAUCAGAGCUUUAUAAAAGUGAACAUUUUGUACAGAAUUGUGAGUUGUGACCAUGUAACAUGAAAGGUUUUGCUGGGGCGUCUUAUUUUUCACCACCGUUAAUUAGUUUGGGUGGAGUUUACUGUACUGUGAAAAUUUUCACAUUUGACCUUUUUUUUUUUUUUAAUUGCCUGGCAGAAGAAGCUGGUAUCAGUUAUAAAAUAUCAGCAGAAUGAUUUGCAGAAUACAUUACAGCCCUGUUAUGUCACUUUUUGAUUACAAUAAAAAGUUUUCAGUAAACUUUA